ACGGAGCAGAUAAUAAAGUGGGAAGCCAAAGGCAAUGGAGGAACGCAAGAUAUUUAUUUGUUAUAGAUCCGUGUUUGGAAUAUGCGAGCUUCGCUACACAGCACGUGGCAUGACACGAAAAUCGAUAAACCGUUAGUGUUCAUUCCUUCAGUGCCAUCAACAGCCAUAGCUAACUACAGUUAUAGCCAAGAGGCUUCUUCUUCUUGUUCAUUCUUCCUGGCUCUCUUUCUCCUGUGUCUUGUACAGAAAUGGAUUCUCUGCGUGUAUCGCACCUUUUGAAUUCGUCUCCUAGAACCAAUUUCUAUAGAAAGCAAUUGAAAUUCCAACAUUCUCUCCUCAAUCCAAGGAUUUCUUUUCCUCUUCGCAAUCGAUCAACUAGCUUUAACAGAAUCAUUUGCGGUGUUUCCUCUACUCAAACUAGGGAGGAAGAGAAGAAGAUGAAAACAAACAAAUCAAAGUCAGGGAGUGGAAAGGUGCGACUUAAUUUUCGGCUAGAUCACCAAGUUGAAUUUGGAGACCAUGUAGUAAUUUUGGGGUCUACCAAAGAACUGGGUCUAUGGAAGAAGAAUUUGCCUAUGACUUGGACAG